AUGUCUCUCCCCGACGGAAAUAGCACGUACAUCAUUUGUACACUAGCCACUUGCCCCAUUGACGAUGCCUUUGUCGAUUAUCUUCCCUCCUUGGCUGGCAAUGCAACCUAUCUUGCUAUUUUUGCGAUUCUGUGGCUCGCUCAGGUAUAUCUAGGAAUCCGUUAUCGCACCUGGGGGUUUCUGGCCACCAUGGCAGUUGGUGGUCUUCUUGAAAUAGCGGGAUACCUUGGCCGGAUUCUUUUACACUCAGAUCCUUUCAACUUCAACUACUUCCUAAUCUAUCUCAUCUGCCUCACCAUCGGCCCAACCCUGCUCUCCGCAGCCCUCUACCUCUGCCUCGCACGGGUUAUCGUCGCAUACGGCACCGAAUUUUCUCGCUUUCAGCCUCGCACAUAUACCCUCACAUUUAUCAGCUGCGAUUUUGCAUCUUUGGUUUUGCAAUGUGCCGGUGGGGGCAUUACCGCCACGUCGGGUGAUCAGGCUACCUCGGAUGCUGGUGUCCACAUCAUGGUUGCGGGCUUAGCGCUCCAAGUUUCUAGCUUGGUCUUGUUUAUGAUUCUCUGCCUUGAGUAUGCUUGGCAGGUGAGACACUCUCCUAAACAAGACCGUUUUAUGGAUUUGAGAAGUACCGGGUCAUUUAGAGUUUUCAAAUAUGCACUGGCGGUAUCCACCGUAGCCAUUUUCAUUCGGUCUGUGUAUCGUGUUGCUGAACUAUCUGGUGGGUUCGGAGGAGCGCUCGCAAAUAAUCAGACCAGUUUUAUGGUGCUGGAGGGGCCGAUGGUGAUAAUUGCCGUCCUAGCGAUGACGUUGUUCCAUCCUGGGAUAUGUUUCAAUGGGCACUGGGUGGCUGCAAGUUGGACAUUAAGGGGCAAGCAUUGA